AGUGCGCUCAGCGCUGUGCGCCUGGCUCUUAGACCUCUGUCUUCACUGCACACCACCCAGGGAAGGAAUGAGUGGCAGACCAGCAGCAAGAAGCUGGGGUAAGUGUGGACGUCUGUGUAAGUGUGAGACCAUCAUGGUGGCAUUUAAAGGCGUCUGGACUCAGCCUUUCUGGAAAGCUGUUUCAGCAGAAUUUUUGGCCAUGCUAAUUUUUGUCCUCCUCAGCCUUGGCUCUACAAUCAACUGGGGUGGAUCUGAAAAGCCUCUGCCUGUAGACAUGGUCCUUAUCGCUCUCUGCUUUGGACUGAGCAUUGCAACCAUGGUGCAGUGCUUUGGACACAUCAGUGGUGGCCAUAUUAACCCUGCUGUGACUGUUGCUAUGGUCUGCACUAGGAAGAUCAGCCUUGCCAAGUCUGUCUUCUAUAUUGUUGCCCAAUGCCUGGGUGCAAUAGUGGGGGCAGGAAUUCUCUACCUUGUCACACCCCCAAGUUUGGUGGGAGGCUUGGGAGUUACUACGGUACAUGGAGAUCUUUCCGCUGGCCAUGGACUUCUGGUGGAGUUGAUAAUUACAUUCCAGCUGGUUUUUACUAUUUUUGCCAGCUGUGAUUCAAAACGAAGCGAUGUCACUGGUUCAGUGGCUUUAGCAAUUGGAUUUUCUGUUGCAAUUGGACAUUUAUUUGCUAUCAACUACACUGGUGCCAGUAUGAACCCUGCUCGAUCAUUUGGACCUGCAGUUAUCAUGGGGAAAUGGGAAAACCACUGGGUCUAUUGGGUUGGACCAAUAAUAGGAGCAGUCCUUGCAGGUGCCCUUUAUGAGUAUGUAUAUUGCCCAGAUACUGAGUUCAAGCGACAUUUUAAAGAUGUCUUCAGUAAGGCUACCCAUCAGUCUAAAGGGAAAUACGUGGAGGUGGAUGAUAGCAGGAGCCAGAUAGAGACUGACGACUUGAUCCUGAAGCCUGGCAUGGUUCAUGUGAUUGACAUUGAGAGUGAAGACAAGAAGGGGACUGAUCCAACCAAUGAGGUGCUAUCUUCUGUAUGACUAGCAAGGAGCACUGAAAGCAGAGAAUGGCCUACUAGAAUGUCCACAGGUAUCCUUCCACCCAUUAAAGAGACAGAUCUACUGUAAACCAGACACCUGCAAUAUCUGAAACUGUAUGGAGAUGACAGCAGCUAUGUAGUUCUUCACCAAGCUAUACACCUGCUCAGUUUGAUUAGAAAUUUACUGUAUUUAAGAGUCCCCAUAGAUUCUUCCAAAUUCAGAACUAUCCUUUUUUGGGAGAGAGCAUCCCAAGGUCAAUUUGAAAGAGCUGAUAGCAUUUCCUUUUUAAUAAGGCCAUCAAUAGCAAGAUGGAAAUAAAGAUGUUUAACAUUCAGAUUGAUAGUUAAGACUUAUCUGCAAAUGCCUAUAGCACACAGACAAAUUUAUCAGAUUAUUCUUCUGACACUUAAUUGGCUGUUGUCAACCCUGAUUAGAAUGUCUUAUCCGUUAAGUGUUCUUUGUAAGGUUCAGUGACAAUAAUGCCAAAGUACAGCAUGUAACAGAUUCUUCCAAAUUUAGGGUAGUAUUUUUUGUUCUUAUAUAUCCUAUCAUUAUUUCUUUACAAACUCUGAAAAACUAUAUUUUCAUAGGCAAAAAUUGGUUCCUGUCAGUCAUCCUACCAAUUUUCAUCCAUUACAUAUCCAUGUUCUGGUGUAAAAAAUACUGCCUUCUUCCCGUUCCCCACAACUAAAAAUAUUGAAGCCAAAGGCUCUAAUCUAAUGCAAUAAUGCUGCAAAACCUUUAAAUGUAUUGUAUGCAGGUUAGCAUAGUUGUCCAUCUCGUGAAACUUUCUCUUGAGGUUCAGCUAUUGACCAUUUAGUAUUAGCUGACUAUAGAUCAUGCAGGGAACCUGAAGGUCCACAUGUUACUCAGUAACUCAAGCAAAAGUAAAUAAAUGUUCAGGUAUCAGAAGAAAGGAAGGCGUUAUCUGUUUUCAGUGCACUUAUUCAAACAAAUGUCACUGUGCUAAUUUAUAUAACUAAACAUUUAAAUUACUUACCCACUUUGCUUACAAUCUUAUUUUUAUUUAUUAGCAAAAUAAAGGUGGAUUUUUAAAAAACUUUUAACUAUAUUGAAGCACUGACUGGAACAUAUUUGUAAUAACAGGUUAUAUUGAUAUGACUGCUUUUGGUUUUGACAUUUUUUUGCAAACUGGUCUCUAGUUAGUUGAACAGCAUCAAUGACUGUGGCACUGUUCAUAUAAUCUUAUUCUGUCAUGUCUGUGGCAAAGUUUUCUCUGUUAAUUAAAUUUGACAAUAAGAAAUGCAAGCAUGUGAUGCUUUUUAGAGAAACAGGGAAAGGGAUGCCCCAAUGAUAUUACAUGCAAAAGUGCUUAAGCGACCAAUCCUUCUUGUAUAGACGUGUUUCAACAGAUGUAGCUAACCCAACAUAAAAUCUUUAUAGAAUCUUUUUAACUGGCUCAUGGCUUUGUUCCUAACUAGUUGCUUUGGGGUUUGUUUGUUUUUGUUGGGGGUUUUUGUGAUUUUUGCAAUAUGCCAUUACAGUGCUUGUUGGAACACCAUUUUCUGUCACCCUAGUUAUAUAGGUUGUAUCUAAAACUUGAAAUAUGUUCAUGAUUAUUUAACUACAGUACAAAAACAAGGUUGUGGAUUGUAUGUAAUAGACUUGUCUGUCCUUUGAUUUACAAUAUGUGCAAGUGUGUAACUCAUUAAAAUGAGUAAGGGGUGUGUGUGUGUAUGUAUAUAUAGUAAUGGGAUAACAGACCACUGCUAGGAUCAAAUCUCUGCAUCAUUGCAUAAGGGCAUGUCUAUUACCAACUUAUUUCAACCAGUAGUCUAGGCAUUAUCAUGUUAUAUUCAUUUUCCUGAUCUCUUCCUCUCUUUGAUAGUUUCUAUCUCUGUAAGAAAGGGGACUGUUUUUCAUGAAUUGUAUAUAUCUGAUACAACUGCUGCAUCAAAAUUCAGAAAUACAAACGUAAAUAAGAACAUGCAAGACAAUUUCAAAUUGUAUUGAUGAAUGUUGUCAUGUGCGAAGGAUGAAAUCCAUCCCUGUGCAGAGAACAGUGCAAGACCGCCACAUAUGCUUACCAGAGAGAUUUUGCUAAACAUUUAAUAAAUGCAUGAUUUCAACAGGCUAACUAAAAGAGACAAGUUGUACAACAUUUGCGGACUGUUGGAUAGAGUUUGUUUCUUGCAUUUCAAUAUUUUAAGAAGCACGGUAUCCAGUGACUCAUCACUUGUGAAGUUUGUACAGCCUCAUGUUCUUUAAAUACAAGGCUGUGGUUUUUGCACUCAGUGGCUCGUCUAGACAAAAGGAAUGAAACUUGUAGCUUCCUAACCCAUCUACAGCCAGAUUCUGUGGCUGAGGUGAGCAUGAAACCAGCCAAGACAAUUCAGAGACUUUUCCUUGUUACACUCUUUAUUAAUGAAGCGUGGCAAACGCUCAGAGCCAGUCCCAGGAGAGCUCCUCACACAAGGAAAGAGACAAUGAUAAGACACAGAAUGUUCAACAAAGAAGUGAAAAAAGGAGGCAGCCAAAACAAAUAGGACAAACUGAUAAAGAAUAUUGCCACUUGCUCUCUGUAGACUUAGGAAGGAAGGGGCAGAAAGUGAGAUACAGUGGGUCUACUCUUCCUCCAUUGAAUUAGAAGUUUGCCAUUGACUACAAUGGAAACAGGAUUAAGGCCUAAGUAUGUUUUCAUUGAGUACCUUCUUAGGGCUUGCUCCUGUUCUCUGAUACACAAUGCACUUCACUAUCUGUCUUGCAAAAUCAGAGGUCAAAAGAGAGCCAUUUCAUUUUGAAAGUAGACGCAUUGGAUUUGAGUUUUAUGACCCAUCCCUAAAAUAAACUCCAGCCGUACUCCUCUUUAUCAUCUGUUCUUCAGCACCACAAGGAGAGAGCACCAUUUAUCCAAGCCACAGUUUGAUCUCUAUAAGAAAUUGAUUUAGUCUGACUUAUUGAUUUUUAUGUUGCUUCUAAAUAGUUUUAUGGUGGUAUCAUUAACAUACAAUAUUUGAGUUAAACAGUAUAGGCCUACAUGAUCUUUUUAACUGCUUGUAUGUGUGUUUGCCUCACUUAAUUUUUAAAAUAUAUUUAUUUGUAUUUUAAUAUUCUUUCAUGAUCACUUAUGUGCUACAUUUUGUCAGCUAUAAGUUUGUUGCAGCUGGUAAUGUAACCAAUGAUCUAUUAAGUGAUAUGUGGGAGCUUUAAAGCUUAAAACUUAUUUUGUUUAUGAUGGCAGACGGUCACUGCAAUAAAUACACCCGGUGUGUCAUCAUAAUCCCAGAAACUUAGAAAUGGAGAAGACUUCUUGUAUCCCCUCUGUCAGUAUAGGAUUGGUUCUUACAGUAGAGGCACAUCAUGACUAGUGUGUUCAAAAUAUUUAUUUUUAAUUACUGUAAAUCAUAAGAAAAAGAUGAACGUUAAAGGUGGGGUGAACUUAAGCAAAUACUUUUAGUUUGCAAAUACCUUAAGUAGUCUAUCACCCAAACGAUUACUGAUCUCAGCAAAAAAUGUGAUUCCUGAAGCAUCUGGUAUACUGUAAUUCUUACCCCACUGAAGUACUAGAAGCUGUAUCGUUGACUACAGUGGGAGUAGGAAUAGGCCAAUAGUCUCGUAUCACAUGCUGUGCUAAAAUCUGGUAUAUAUGUUAGUACACAAACUUUCUGCAAUAUAUUUUGUUUCUGGUUAUCAGUACUCUGCUCAGCAGUUAAGUUAAAAACAUCCUUUAAAAUAAUCCUACAUAUUUCCAUUUUUUAAAUGUUUGGUUACAAAGAUGUAACAUUUAUGCUUUGCAGUGUUUAGUCUGCAGCUUAUGAAAAUGUAUGCCAGAUAUUCUGCACUCGACAAUGUUGACUAUAUAAGAGAAAUUACAAUCUGGAUAUUUUAUUCUAAGAUCAGAGAUGCAAACUAGUUAUCAAAUUUAUAUAACUCACCAUCAAGGUGUGUGCAUCUGAGUUGUGCAAGGACUCAUUAAAUAAACAUGCGUGAAAAUAUACACUCAAGUAUUUAUUAUUCUCUUGUAUGAACCAAGUUAUAAUUGCACAGUUACUGUAAUUCAGGAUAAAUUGUGUAAAACACACUGAAUAUCAGGAUGUUUCCACAAAGUUAUGUAUUAUUGAAACAUUAGUCACCACAAUAUUAAAGCUAAUAUAAUAGUAUUUUAAACUUCCAGUGUGUAACAUUUGGAAUAAUCUAUUUAAAUAUAUGCUUGUCUGGUGCAUUUCGCUUGCAUUGCUGUAUCUCAGAGAGUUGAGCUAUUGUAAAUAAACUAUUGUCUGUUUAAAAAAUA